AUAGUGUUGGAUAGCACGAAGAAUGAGCGCUGGGGUUGGGAUUUAGACUCCCGACCGCCCAGUCAGCGCUUCGAAUGAUUGCAUCUUCGUCCGACAUGUAAUACAAGUCUGACUGCAAUUGAGCUCGAGCUCGAGAAGAAUGGUUCGGUAACGCUGCCUCUCGAAGCAGUCGCGAGUGACGGAGAGGAAAUUUUCAUCUAUAGAAGAUUUCAUUCUGUCGGCAGCGGUUUUUAAGUGCUGACGUAUGGGGGUUUUGCGCAGAUUUUGGCUCCCGAAGUGCGAAAUGUUUUCAGGAUAUACGAGAGGGAGGCCCGAACCGACUCCUAGAGUUUCUUGAAUUGGAGGAGUUUAUGUCUCGCGACACUAGAAUCGUAGCUUCGAACGGACUGAAUUAUGCAAGUUAGUGUGUAGACUUUAAUUCGGGCUUAGGGACAUGGCUACCGCUCUGUAUGACCUCGAGAGGUUGGCAGUUCUCAGACCUCGCUCGUUUCUGGUUCGGAAGAGCGUUGAGGAUUCGUCGAAAGCAGGAAAUAGCAGGCUCCGAAGCAGGUGGAAUGUCUUCAAUGUUGGAAAACAAUUGACGUUGGACGGCACGAGGUUAGAGAAACAUGAAAGGAGCAGGAGACGGGUGGUCGUCAGGGCCAAGAAGGAUCAACUCCGUGCUGGUGGCGCCAGUGGAAACAGAGGAGACUUGAAGCUGGAGGCAACUGAUAUGAUGGAGCUGGAAUUCGGUCGCUUGCUAGGAGAGGACCGUCAAACUACUCUAGCUAAAGUUGUCGGCAAAAAGUUGAAUCCCGAACUAACCUACGUCAAGAUCGAGAAGGACAAAGAACUCCAGAUUCAAAAGCAAGCAGCUCGACGUUCAGCUCCGUCCAAAAACUUUGCAACUCCGAAAGCAGAGUCCAAGCUGAAUGUACAGUCUAAUGACAACAACACUCAAACGUUUGAGCAAGGUGUUCCUGACCUCAUUUCACCCCCAGUACGACCUCCUGGUUUUGAAAAGCUGGAUGCUUCACCUGUGCGGACAAUUCGCGUUGCUCCCUUGGUCCGUGCAGGUGGCGGUAAGAAGUCUUUGGAAGCAGAGCCGCUCGAAUUGGAGGGUUUAAUUCGAAAGCCGCUACGAGUUUCAGAUUCUGAUGUGGGCUUGCCUCCUGCUAGGGCGGAGAAAGCAGUUAUCGCUCCCAUGUUGAUGAGGAGAAAUGAAGAAAGAGUAGGUAGUCAGCCGUCUAAAGUCAUAGACAGUCAAAUACGGAGACCUUCGGCAGUCAGAUCCAAUGCGCUUGGAGAUCCCUUGAGCCCAAAUACAGUUGCGCCUUCCACUUCUAUCGAAGACGAUGAUAUUGAUUCUUAUGACAUGUCCGAAGAGAGGUUCAGAGAGCUGCUAGAUGCUAAGCCCCAGGGAGGGCAAGGGACUGUCUCGAAACGUUCUACUUUAUUGAACAAGGUUCUGCCUCCGAAACCUCUAGUCAAACCUGCUCUACCCACUUUAGAGAGGAAGCCCUCCAUUGUAGAAAAACCUCAACUAGCCGAAGCUAUGAAUGAGCCCAUACAUGAACCAGAAACCGGCUCAAGCCCCACAAGAACCGAGACUUCUUCAAAAUCUCAAAUCUCCGACGUUCCAGAUCCUCGUCCUAAAGUUUCGACCAGACCUAAAGCGAAACUUUCUCAACCUACUCUUAUGAGGCCAGAGAUUAUACCAGUAGUUAUUCAAACGAAUGAAGUUCCCAGUGGCAAGGUUGAGAAAACGAAUAUGGUAGAGGACGCUGCUACAGAAGGUGAAGGCGAAUUGGAAAAGAACACACUCAGUGUUGAGGUUAAAGAAGCAAUUUCUGAUACUAUAUCAACGAACGACGCUGAGGACAACAAAGAAGAUGUUUUUAGCUCAUCGGCUGCUGUGGAGCCUGAGAUAGUAUUUGAUAAUACCGAAAGUCUUGAAGUCCAGGCUUUAGACAGGAAUGCGAGUACUCUCGAUACAUCACCCAAGAGACCUGUAAUGAGGUUGCGAAAGACGAGUUUGCCUCCUCAACAACCUGUACUGCCAGUGGAUGAAGAAAGCCUCGAACGCUCAACAAGCCGAGUUACGAGUACUGUCCUAGACGUAGAUGGGAAGGACCAAAGUAAAGCGGCUGCUGAGAUGCCAGUAGAAGAAGCUUUGUCAGAUGGAGAACAGGGCAUCGCGGAUGAACUACAAGAGAGGAAGGUAACCAAGGUAGGGCAAGCUAAAGCACCAGGUCUUAGACUAUCCAAACCAGCGCCUCCCGUUUUCAUCAAUAAGAAGCCUCCGGUGGUAGACACAACUAUGAGUACGCUGCAGAAAGCAAUCAACUCAUUUGACGAGAAGAGGGUGCUACCUAAUAAGAAAGAAGAGGAUGAAGACUGGGCCCGAGCAGAAGCCUUGAGGGAUUCAUCCUCUGUGGAAGAGUUACAGAUUAUCGGCACUGGUAGGGGAGGUCUUCUGGUCGGUUUCGGUUCCCUCGUCGGUUAUCUUCCAGCCUUUGAACUCACAGCCAAGAGGCGACCCCCGUCUUUUACUGUGUGGGCACAAAGUAGAGGGUAUGAUGCACAGACGAAAGAGUAUUAUCAAGAUAGAGGUGAUCGAGCCAAAAGUAUGAGCAUAACAGAAUCUGUUGAACCUACAAUUGCGAACAUGACACAAGUCUCCGGAAGCAUCGUGAAUGCUUUGGAACACAGAAACUCUAAGGCCGUAGACCCGGAGCUGCUUGAGCAAUUUAAGAAAGAAAGAACAGAAGCACUCUCUUUAUUCGUGGGGCAGAAAACAAAGGUUAUUGUCGUUCUAGUAGACAGAAAUCUCCGUCAACUUCGCCUUUCGGAGAAGCAGGCUGAGGGCGAGGGUCAAGAGUUGUCUCAAAGAAAAAUUACUCUGAUGGAAAGCUUGAAUGUUGGGGACACAGUUACUUGUCAAGUGAAGAAGCUCACCACGUUCGGCGCAUUCGUUGACUUGCAGGGAGUUCCGGCACUAAUCCACAGUUCGGAGCUGUCAUGGAACAGAAAUACAGAUCCACUAUCACUGUUACAAGUUGGGCAGGAGGUGAAAGCGAAGGUUUGCAAAUUGGACCGUUUUCUACAGCGCAUUAAUCUUUCUCUUAAACUUAUGCAGCCCGAUCCUCUUCUCGAAACACUUGAAUCUCUAGUGUCUCCAGAUGCCGAUAUGAUCGGCGAUACUGCGGAUGUUAUGAAUGAGUCUAAUGUGACUGAGAAUGAAGAACUUAACAGGUUCACAAGUAAGCUGGAACGAAUUCCUGAAAUUGCCGCUGUACGCAGUGGCCGAAGAGUACGGGGCUCUGCACUAGCUCCAGCUUUCCAGAUUUAUCUCUCGGGUCCUCUGGAUAAUGGAUAUAAAUUGCUAGCCCGUUUUGGGAACGAAGUGCAGGAGGUUCUAGUGGAGACCUCAGCUGAUCGAGAACGUAUGAAAGAUUUUAUUCGGGACUGCACGGUUCAAGAUACCUGAGGUGAUAAUUUUGAUACCAUGGUCGCACCCUUGUCGACGACCGUGAAUGAAAGGUUUUGAGAUUAUUACUCGAGGCCUAGAUCAUGAGAAGGUCCCGGCCGUCCGAGUUAUUGUAACGGUAUUAUUCAGUGACGAACGUAUUCUUUCUAGCAUUUGAGCUAGUGUCGGAAAUUAAUUCUAAGAGCCAAUGUUUAUGAAACUUAGGUACUUGAACGAAUGAGCUCGUACUAGUGUAUACUAUUCAGUUCCUUUGUGAAUCAAAACGAAGUGUGAAAUCUCGCUGAACCCAGUUCCAUGAGUGGGUCACUGUGCUGGAUGCAGCGUCGUUGUUUAUUUGUAUGAUGCUUUGAUCUCUUCAAAUCGUCUGCCUCGCUGACUUAUGUGCUGAUGACGUGCGAUCCCCACGAAUCUCGCAAUCGACCCAGCAAUUCAG